GUAAACCGCCUGGAGCCUUCACCCUUCCCACAAUUCCGUGCCACAAAAUACAACCCAACCAGACCUGGACAAGGCAGUCUCCCAACGGAUUUCUCUUCAACGACAAGUGGAACUUUCUCUCGUGUCAGAGAGCUCGGUCACGAAACUGUUUCCAGAAUUUAACGCUCUACGUUCUCGGGGACUCCAAUUCUCGCCAUCACUACAACAGCUGGUGCAAACUAAUCAACGCCGUCCAGCGCAUCAAACAAACGAUCCCUGCCUGGCAUUCUCCGCUCGAAUGCUCCAAACCCUCCAUAAACUUCUUCUCCAGGUGGGACCCCCACGCCAGCCCCUUCACUGUCUCCAUGGGUGUGUGGACUUUGCUGGGUACUCAGAUCAUACCAUCCUCUCACGUGAUCGAUUCAAUUCCCGCCAAAACCCCAGGUCGUGUUCUGCUGGUGCUACACCAUUACUUCCACCUGACCAUGCAUCACGUGACUGCCUUCCAUAACAUGGUCAUCGCCUCCAGGGACGCUGUGGCCAGAUUGCUGGACAGGAACCCAAACGUUCAGGUUUUAGUGCAGGGUCCUCACGUGACCUAUGUGGGCUGGGACAAACACUAUGUGGCUGGAGACGGCCUCGCAAGAUUCAUGGAAGAACUUCUCGUCCAAGAGUAUAGGCCCUUGAGAGACAGAGUUAUCUACUUGCGGACCUGGGACUUGACCCUGGCUUCCGAGAACUUUCCUUACCAUCCGAGAUUGCAACGGACAAUCGAUGACCUCAUCUUGGAUCUAAUGUGUGGAAGAUAGCAUGACGCACAACUUCGCAUUAGGCCUAGGCCUGCCAUUAAAAGUCCCAACGAUAGUGCCAUAUUGAAAGCUACAGUGGUCUGCCAGGCCAACUGAAGUUUCCAAAUAGUUUUGCUUAAGUUUUCUUUGCCUGCUGAGAUCAUGGUUAAGAUUAGUAACAUGCAGAGAGCUUUUUGUAUUGAACAUUUCCUCACAGCCGACUUAUUUCGUAAGUUUUGCAAAAGACACGGCCCGGUAACACUUUUAAAUUGCCCUUAAUGCCGUCUUUUUGGUCAAGGUUGGAAAUGGUCCAUCAGUAAAGACCUGUAGAGAACCAGAAUAAAAAAUCAUGAAAACAAAACUCCAGAUCAAACACACACCUUUCGCACCCCCUUUAAACGUCACCGGGUUGCAGACUACGGAAGAUGAGCCACAUGAGACGUCUGUCCGUAGACGAUGUCUGCAACAAGGACCUUCCUACAUCUCAACAGUCCGCAUUUUCGAGGCAGAUCUUCACCUACGACAAUACCAUUUUUCCUGUUCGCGAAGCUGGCAGGAAUCAGAGGAUAGCAAUGUGUUCAUGAUUCCGCGGUCGUCUUGAAAACCGUGAGCAUUUCCUCUUUGACAUUUGAUUCCUUGGCAAAACUCGAUCAUACUCACAUUUCAGAAUAAUAAUAUGGUAACUCCACAAAUGCCUAUUUGGGAAACCUCACCCGCCACCCCACUGUCUCUAGAAGUAAAACUAUACUGUAAGGUGUACAGUAUGUGUAACUUUGAGUACUCAUGGUUGGGUGGAUCCUUGUGUUUGGCCACCACUUAACUUUAUGAACGACGCAUUAACAUAAUAUGACGAGUCCACAGGAGGACAUAAGGAGCAUUAGUUCUAGGAAUUCCAGAAUUAUAAUUUGUUUUUUUUUAACUCUGUAAGAGAAAAGACAUAUUAUUGUUUGAAUGUUACAGGGAUAGAAAAUUUGAUUUUAAAAAAGAAAAGCAAAGGGAAAAAAACAAACCAA